ACUGUGUGUCGCUCUGCCAAAAGCAAAGAAGCAAACGGCCACGACAAAACUCUCUUCAACACUGUAGUUUUGCUGGAAUCGCUAUUCACUAACAAUCCACCGAUAUCUUACCUGUUGAAUAAAAUACAUUAGAUUUUGAGCCGACAUCACAGAAGUCUAGAAGUCGUUAAAACAAACCAAUCCGAGUAUUCAAAAAUAUUUUUUUUCGAGGAUGCGCGCGCGUCUUGGCAACGGAAGUCGAAGUGUGUUGCUGUCGAUAACUUCCUUAACCGAAGCUAAACAACGAGUCUGACCUGUUUUAAAGAAAAAUGUCGGCAUGUUGCGUGUCCGGCUGCAAAAAUCGACAUUCCUUAACUAGUAAACUGAAGUUUUACAGAAUACCGUCUGGAUACCGUCUGUUUCAGGCAAACCGGAGACGUUUGUGGCUACAAGCGAUCCAGAAAGUGAACGGCAGUGCCGAGGAGCUUAAAGGGAAUGCACGUAUUUGUGGCGCUCAUUUUAUAUCGGGGGAAGCGUCCAUGGACGUCGACAAUCCCGACUUCGUGCCUUCGGUGUUUACAUGCACUAAACAGAGCCCGAGCAACAAGACAAAAUUGAAAUGGGUUUACGGUCGUAGAAAAAGGCAGUACCGUAAAGCCAGUAUGAAAGAGGAAGGAAAAACAACUCAAUCUGCAGGUGAUGCCCCUAUGAAACUAAAGUCCUCUGUUUUGAUGGAAGAAACACAGACGCCAUCAUCUCCAUUAGUGCCAAAGGAAUCAGGAACGUUAACUGAAGGGGAUGAGACUGAAACUGAAACAAAAACAUUCAAACCACAAACAACAUCCAGUCCAAACAAAGUAUCACCAUUUAAAUUACCAGCAGGCAUCCCAGAUCUUGGGAAAAUGAUUCCCACUCUGCUCCUAAAACCUGUAUUUGUACCAGCAGGUGGGUAUCAGUGUGAGCUGUGUGACCAGAGCUUCCCCAAUGCUUCACAGCUUCUAAAACACAAACAGCUGCAUGAAGAAGAAAAGCUCUUUAUCUGUGAAAGUUGUGGAAAGCUUUUCAGGAGUCAGGCAGAUUUCACUGAGCACCAACACACUCACGAGUUUUUGUUUCAGUGCAACAUCUGUGAUAGAUCUUUCAAUACAAGUCAGAACCUCAAGCGUCAUAAACUACUGCAUGUCAAAGAUGGCAGGAGGUGCCACAAGUGUGGCACGCGCUACUGUCGACUUCAUAACCACGUUUUAUUCCUGCCACAGACCAAGUCUGAAACAGAUUCCUCUAUCACUGAGUCUCUGCUGGACAAACCUGAGCCAAAGCAGUCUUUUGAUUUGGAUGACGCUACUCAGAGCAACGUGACUGUGACGCAGUUGCAGACUACCAAACAGGCUGCUUCAUUCGCACCCCAGAAUCCUGCACUUUUAUCCAAAACCCAUAAUGCCCUACCUCCAGCCUCAUAUACAAGAAUCAUAUCAGAAAUCCCUUUACCGGUGUUGAAGAAACCUUACCCUGUGCCACGUCCACCUUCACCAGUACCCAGCUUCUUCAGGAACUACUACCUUUCAGCCUUCACAGAGCCCAGUCUCGCCCAGCAGCCAGAACUCCCACCUUCACUACAGAUGUUUUCACCUCAGUACCUCACUUCAGCGUUACUCGAUGUUAAAAGAAAUUACGAAUAUAUUUUAAGCAAAUCGGGAGUUGUGAUUAAUAAGAAUACUGUGAAGGAGGAGCCACGCACAAUGACUCCCCAAGAUCAGCACAGCGUUGUUGAGCACAACAAAAACGAAAGAAUCGCGUAUGACCUGGAGAUUGUGCUGUGAUCCUGAACUGUUUAAACACAAACAGUGAACAAGUCCUGUAUUUUGUUUUAGUACAAUUUAACCUCUUACUUGCCUCAACCACAGUGCUUCACAUUUCACUACUGCUUAUUCCAAGACUUGUGCUUUGUGUGAAAAAGUGUAGGACAAUUUGUCAAACACAUUAGCUCAAACUUAAAUUCAUUUGGGCUCAUUCUGCUGCCAUGUCCUACUUUUUCCUUGUGUGUGGCGUUAAGUUGUCAUGUUUUGUUUAGCGCUCCUCUGAUGUAUGUAUUCUGUGAAUGUACUGCUGCACACAGUGCCUUUAUUUUACUGUGUGGGACUGAACUCAUAAUGCUGCUAUUUUUAUUUCAUAACAGCAAGUUGUAUUUAGGAUGCUGUCACUUUCUAAUUACUGACAAAAUGAAAUCUGUUUUCCCCCCACUGCUAUUUGGUAAAUAAUACUGUUGUGGUAGUAAGAAGGAUCUGUAACUGACCUGAACUAAUGCAUUUGUCCUGCAGGCUAUAGUCUGUACUUAACAGUUUGUGAGGUAAUGAUCAGUUCUUGCUAUAAAUUAUGAUCUUGAAUAUGAAUUAACUAGCAUUUUAUCUGAAAAGAAUUGUGAUUAAUGAAACUUUCCCGUCAUUUUCUCCAAUAAGUAUGUAAAUACACAGUAGCAAUUCUGUUAUUUGAGAUACAAGUGUCAUGUUGUUGAUUUGUGUGUACUAAAAUCUCUCAUGUCCGAAAGCAGAGUGGAGUAUUAAGUGAGAAAACUACUUUGCAGAGGUUUUUCCUGCAACAGCAAGUGCUAAACCUGCUAAAUGGCAACUUAGGAGGAACUCUGCUGUUCUGUGGCUGACGCUGACCCCAGAGACAAGGGAGGGAGACAAGUCAAACAUAUUGUGUUAUAGUCAUGUUGCUGUAUGCAUCAUUGCACUCUAAAGCUGCAGGUUUAAGAUGAUUGUUGACAUAUCAGCCUGCUGAUAUCUUGUUUUUUUGUUUUUGUUUUAUGUGUGUUUUUUUAAUGAACUUUAUAUGUGUUUCAGUCACUACAGUCAAUGUAUAUCAGUUUUAUAACAAUAAAUGUUUUCUUUGUCUCAUGCAUCAGCUGCUGUCAGAACAUUUAGACCUCACAGCAUGGACAUUGAAAUUCUCCAUUUAAACCGAAAACAAUUCCAAAUGUUAUGCUAAUACUUAAAGCACUGGUGUUGAGGAAAUUAUUAUUCAUGAACCGUUUCAUUUGUAGGUGUAACUAAAAGCAUCCGAUCUGCAAUGUGGUUUGGGUUUUUCUUUUUUUUUUAUUUGCAUCACUGGCAUGAGGGUGGUAUUCAGGAUUUACAGGCCAAAAAGAUUUGUCAGAUUUGCUCUGCUGCUGGCACUAGAGGGAUUUUUAAAUUGACCUAAAACUGUCUGCCUGCUUGUCUCUAACCGACCUCUUAUCAGCCUGUCAUACUGCAUCAAAAUGACCAUAUUGUUCUGUGACCUGCAAUGCAAUCCUGAUGCAGGGAGGGAAAAAAAAGGCCCAGAGCACAAUGACAAAAAGGUGCCUUCACGCUUUCAUUUGCUGGGCCUGUUUUUGUCACUCAGUUUAGUUGUGGUUCUCAAGGGGUGCUUUAACUGCUACACAGUGGUUUAGAAAUAAGACUAAAUAAGAAUGUUUCCCAAUAGCACAGCUACAUAUAGCCAAAUUUAGAGAAAGGUUUUUGUAGCUGCAUAGGUCAUAACGAUUAUUUUAGAAUAAGAAGCAUGUUUUCUUAAUACCUUUACUCCUUUCUAAUAAGGCAUCCUUUAUAAACUUGUGGUUAAGCUUUAUGAAUGGUUAACAAACCAUUUACUAAUGUUUAUUAGGUCAUUGAUCACAGAUCACAUAUGAUUGCAUUUUUGUUUUAAUUUUGUAGGUUAAAUGUUAACUGAUAUUACGGGCACUAUCCGCAGUUCAUCCCUGUCCUACCACUUCUCUUCGAGCCAGAUGAGAGUUCAGUGUCCCCUGUCUGAUUCCAUCUGCACGCUGUACACAUCCUAUUGGUCAGCAGACACCGGUAAUGGUGGGCGAUGAUUCUGAUUGGACGCUGUGGCUGCCACUUAAGGAUAACGACAGCAUUGAUUGGCUGACUGGCCUGAAUCUAGGCAGCCGAUUGGCUGAUAUGUCUCCGCCUUGGCUGCUUACACGACAGGCAAAGUGGUGCUGAUGCUGUGACAAUGGGAUCCAGAUAAGCAGCAUCUGGACCGAGUGUGCUUAAAAACACAGCGGCAGCAACACACACUCACACCGUGAAGGGACGGGAAAGCAGCUCGGCAGAAACGCCAGGCAGAAUCUCCGGCUGCUGCUCCGAAGAGGUGAUGGGAGUGUUCAGCCGCCAGAAGUUUUUCCAGGAGCUCGCUCAUGGCUGCCUGCUGCCUACGGCUCAGCAGGGCCUGGAGCAGGUAUGGCAGCUGCUGCUUAUCUGCCUGCUGUGUCGGCUUCUCUGGAUGUUGGGCCUCCCCUCGUUUGUGAAGCACCUGAGCACGGUGGCAGGAGGCUUCUACGCUCUCUACCUGUUCUUUGAGCUUCAUAUGAUCUGGGUGGUCCUUCUCAGCCUUCUCUGCUACCUCUUCCUGUUCCUGUGCCGCCACUCUACCAUACGAGGCACCUUCCUCUCCAUCACUGUGCUCAUCUACCUGCUGCUGGGAGAGCUGCACAUGAUGGACACCACCAACUGGCACAAGAUGAGAGGUUCACAGAUGGUGGUUGCCAUGAAAGCCAUCUCUCUGGCCUUCGAUUUGGACAGAGGCGUUGUGACCAGUGUGCCCUCACCCAUUGAAUUCAUGGGAUAUAUUUACUUUGUGGGCACAGUCAUCUUUGGUCCCUGGAUCAGCUUCAGCAGCUACAAAGAAGCUUUGGAAGGACGUAAGCUGAGCUUUUCGUGGCUUUUCAAAGUGUCUGUUAGCUGGGUGAAGAGCCAGGUCUGCCUUGUUAUUUCCAACUGUGUAGCACCCUAUCUCUUCCCUUAUUUCAUACCAAUCUAUGGAGACAAACUACUACGAAGCAAGAAGAGGAGGAAGAUCAGAGGCACACCGGCAAAGUGGUUGCUGGCGUACGAGAACACGAUGUCGUUCCACUUCAGCAAUUAUUUUGUUGGUUACUUGAGCGAGACCACUGCUACCCUGGCUGGGGCAGGCUUCACAGAGGAGAAAGAAAACCUAAAGUGGGACAUGACCGUAUCCAAGCCACUGAAUAUCGAGUUUCCCCGGUCGAUGGUGGAGGUGGUAACGUCGUGGAAUCUGCCCAUGUCUCGCUUUCUGCACACCUAUGUUUUUAAAAGUGCUCUCAAAUUUGGGACGUUCUCCGCCGUCAUGGUGACAUAUACAGCCAGCGCCCUCCUGCAUGGUUUGAGUUUUCAUCUGGGUGCAGUACUAAUAUCUCUUGGGUUCAUCACGUACAUUGAGCACGUGUUGCGGAAAAGGCUUGCAGUCAUUUUUAAUGCCUGCGUGCUGUCAAAAAAAUGUCAGCCGAGCUGCACUCACAGGAACAAAAAGGCGCUAUGGGUGUAUAUGAUUAACAUAGCAUUCAGCGCACUGGCAAUACUCCACCUGACGUACCUGGGCUCUGUGUUCAACUCCAGCGUGGAGUACAUGGAGGAGGAUGAGGACGAUAUAACCCAUCAUACCAUUCAGAAGUGGUCGGAGCUGAGCUGGACAAGCCACUGGGUCACAUUUGGAUGCUGGAUAUUGUAUCGCCUCAUCCUCUAAUAAUCAGAGACAGAGAAACAGAAGGUACGGGAAGCAAUAAUGAGAUUUGUAAGGCUUGUUCUCCACUUCUGCACUGUGACUUAAUUCUGCAUCAGACCGAAGAGAACGGAGUCGACCUGUGUGCAACAAUGAAACCAACACGCAGCGUUCAGGUCGCACCGCAUGUUGGCUGGGUAAUCUGUUAUUCUAACCUGCUGCGGACUAGUUUUGAUAUCCGUGAAACGAUAAAGCCCGCUCCUCCCUCCCCUUCUCCGUAUCGCAUCCUUUUUAUCUGAGCUGCGGUUGUCAAGGCCUCACAUUGUGACAGCAGUUACUGAUGUCUCCCUGCGAGUCACAAUCAAUACCAAUCAGCAUGGCGGAGAUCGGCUGCUCCUUUCUGUGGACACAUGAUAGAGCCCAUUAUCUAGGUUUCAGCAUCGACUGCGGCAGAUGUUCCCCAGAUGUGGUUUCCCCCUCGCCUCAAGUGUUUUACAGUUGUAUUUUUAGGUUUCAGGUUUAAGGCUGAUGAUAUUUUUUGGUUUUCUUAUUUUCAAUGAACCCCAUGAAAGACCAAAGCCAACAAAGUGCUGGUUCACCUCUCAGUACUUCUGACUCUUGUGGUUGUUGGUCAAACACAUUCUGUAUGCUUAUGUUUUUAAAAAGGCUGAAUUAUUUUCCCAAAUAGUUCGGCACUGUAGUUUCUGGCAAACGUUCCUCACACAGGAGUGAAUUGUGCAUUUGCUGGGAACUGUUUUCAAGAGCGGAUUAAUAUUUUGGGCUUUAGUGAGUGCAUACAGGACUGCAUGUGUGGGACUGAUUGAAAGUAAAUUACAUUGCCUGCUUUCACUGUAGUUAAGGAACUUGAUAUGUUUUCGACAGUAGUCUGUGACGCAGAGGGAUAAGUCGUAUCAGACUUUGGCUACAAAGACCAAACUUGUAAAUUCUAGUAGAAUUAAUUCAUUGUUGGCUUUUGGUCUAUUUAUUUGUUGGUUAUAAGAUGAACACAGAAUAUCACCAGACUUUCUCCUUUAACAGAGUUUGUCUCUUGAGCAUGUGUAAGACAACAAAGAGUUUACUUUUAGAUGAAAAGAGCACAAGCAGCAGCGAUAAUGUCACCAAUAAUUACUUCCUCCCCUCUUUGUGAAUUUUAGGAAAAUAAUCAGUAAAUCUCAGAUUUUAAUGAUUUUUGUGGUGAAAUUUUUUCAUACCUCUUUGUGUUAUUUUGACAUUUUUGUUUCAUUUGAAAUAUUUGCUUUUUCUUAGGGAUGUCUUAAUAGUAUUUGUGAACAUUUGAAACGCUCUUCAGUAUUGAAAGUAAACGUUUAGAAUCAGGGUAUUCCACUCGUGUUACUGUAGAGAUGAAAAUGUUUAAAGCUCUCUUCCUAUUUCACAUUAGAUGAAAUGAUACUAUAUUAAAUAUUUAUCCUUAAGUACAGAUUUUUAUUACACUGCUGCUUUUAAUGAUGCAUUUAUGUAAGUGAUGGUUACGUGGUGAAAGAAUCAAAUGAGCGUGUUCACACUGUCUAUAUCUUUGUUAAAUCUAGAACGUCGGAGGAUGUGCCUCCUGACUAGGACAUAGUGUUUUAGAUUAGAGCCUGAAUGUUCGUUCAUGCCUGAGAACAAGUGCUCAGUCUCCACAGACCUAUUACCACUCAAUCCAACAAGUACAGUAUUUUAAAUAUCGCUCUGAUGUUUCCUUUCAGCCAACUUUUCUCCCUGUAAAUGUGAAGGCACUAAUACACCUGUGAUAUUUUUAUAAAAUUUUACAUGAAACCUG